CUCUUAUCGAUUGCCCUCCUUCGCUCUUUCCCUCAUCGCUGCUGCUCUCAACGUCUUCCCUCAAGUCAUGGAGGAGCAGAGUAUGGAAGAGCAGAGGACCGAGGAGCAGAGGAUCGAGGACCUAUGGUUUGACGACGGCGACAUCAGGAUCGCCGUCGGAGACCAAGUCUGUUGUGUACACCGAAGCGCUCUCGCCGAAGCAUCCCCUGUCCUUCGGGACAUGUUCGAUUUUCCCCAACCCCCGGGUGACGAUCCGAGUCGCCCGCCUCUUUUCACCUUUCCGGACAGGCCUGACCAGGUCCUGCAUUGGCUGAAGGCGAUGCUACUUCCGGGAUAUUUUGAGCGCUACCCUCAGCGCAUUCACAAGGACAAGCUCCUUGCUGUCCUGUGCCUCAGUCACAAAUAUCUUGUGGACACCCUGCGCCAGCGCUGCCUCCUCCACCUCGGCCGCAAGUUCGGCACGAGCCUCAGGACCCAGAAUCGGUGGCCGUGGUACUUCGACGACUACGAGCGCGAAAUGACCAUCAUCACGGAUGAGAUGUUUGACCGCGACUUCCUCUGCGCGCUCCUCCCCAUCGCGCGCGAGGUCGGCGCCCUCUGGAUCCUGCCCGCCCUUUUCUACGACCUCCACUUCAUCGCCUCGACCGAGGAGACGUGGUUGGAUAGCCCGGGCGUCCCAUUGUCGGAGCAGGACAAGGCCCGCCUUGAGCUGAUCGAGGUGAUCUGCGAUGCUCACUUUUCUAUGCUCAACCUUGCCAAGGCAAUGGAAGAAGGACCUUGCCCAGCGGUCCCUACGUGCUGCAUGAGACAAGCAGGGAACCUACGGGAAAUCUUCUGGGGCGAAUUGCGCGAGCCGUUGAUCGCCAGGCCCUUCAGCUUCAUGAAGAUCGAGGCGGUAUGGACGAGGUCGGAUUCGGACUCCCCACCGGCAGAAGACAGCCCUGCGCACACCUUGGCGAGCGAGAUCGUCUCACACAGCUCCCUAUGCGCGGUGUGUCAGAACGUGGUCGUCCGACGAUUCUACGGGAAUGCAUGCAAAAGCAUAUGGGAGGCCCUGCCAGUUGUGCUUGGCAUUGGUUCUUGGGACGAGCUCAGGCGGGCAAAGGCGCAGGACAUGAGAGAGUAGAACGACGUCUACAUACGCGGGACGUUCGGGGCGGCAAGGCCCCUCGUGCUUGAGAUUUUAACGACACCGAGCUUUUAUCCAGCCGCUUUAUUGUGUUGUAGAGAUCAUGACACGAGUGCACGCUGCUGCUCCAACUGUUUGCGCGCAGAUUUUGACGCGUAUGCAUAUCUUUACGACCUUCACGACGCUUUCGAACUGUCUUUUUGAUUGGGCUGGCAGUACUUGAGUAUCAGUGUUUUGUUACUUUGCCUGUAUCUGUAAAAUCAGUGAUCAAGCUCUUGAGUCUCUUGGAAGGAACAGUGUACCGCAGC